AUGGAUUUAGAGAAUGCAGGCAUGGGCUCGGGUGAUGAAGGAACUUCUGAAUCAAGGAGGGUUAGAAGGCAAUAUCAUCGACAUUCGGCAGAACAAAUACAACAGCUUGAGGCAUUUUUUAAAGAAUGCCCACAUCCUGAUGAGACUCAGAGGCAAGAAUUGAGUAGGGAGAUAGGACUUGAUAUAAGGCAGAUUAAGUUCUGGUUUCAAAACAAGAGGACUCAAAAAAAAGCUCAGAAUGAGAAAGUGAAUAACAGUGCCCUCCGAGCCGAAAAUGAAAGGAUUCGCGGUGAGAACCGUGAAAUGAGCGAGGCACUACGAAAUAUUGUUUGUCCUGCUUGUCACGGGCCGGGCCUUCAAGGCGAAGAGAGACAACUCGAUUUACAGAUGCUGAAGAUGGAAAAUGCACAGUUGAGAGAGCAGCACAAAAAGGCAGCUGAGCUUCUGUCCAAUUACAUGGAAAAAUCACCAUCCAUGCAUCCGCCAAGAACCGAGCACGUCCCAUAUGUUCCGCGAAAUUUUUUUCUCGAAACAGACAAAUCGGUCAUUAUCGAGACAGCGAGCCAAGCCGCGGAUGAACUUAUCGAGCUUUUACUCGUGAAGGAUCCGGUUUGGGUGAAUUCCCCAAAUGAUGGCAGAUUUAUGCUCCACCGUGACAGUUACGACAAGCUUUUCCCAAAGCCUCUCAAUCAUUAUUUCAAGUCUCCAAGUGCUCGGUUGGAAUCAUCUAAAGAUUCCGGUGAGGUGGCCAUGUCAGCUAGACAGUUGGCGCAGAUACUGCUUGAUCCGAGUGGAUGGGAGGAAAUGUUUCCGACUAUCGUCACGAAAGCUAAGACGAUCGAAGUUCUUGACACGGGAGGUUCUAGUGGUUCAUUGCAUUUGAUGUAUGAGAAGAUGCACAUUCUAUCGCCUCUCGUGGCAGCCCGAGAGUUUUUCUUUAUCCGGUGCUGUCGCCAGCUGGACGCGAGCACUUGGGUGUUGGUGGAUGUGUCGUACGAUUUUUUCAAGUACUUACAAGAUGCGGCUCCGACUUGCUCUUGGAAGUUUCCCUCGGGCUGCAUCGUACAAGAUUUGUCGAAUGGAAAAUCGAAUAUCACAUGGAUUGAGCAUGUUCAAGUGGACGACAAGUCACUGAAUCAUCGUCUUUACAGAGACUUGGUCAGCGGCGGUCAAGCUUAUGGAGCCAAAAGGUGGAUAGUUACACUUCAAAGAAGUUGCGAGAGAUUUUCCUUCUCCCGCACGGGUUUAGUUACUGCACCGAAACAUGAAGUUGAUGGAGUCAUUGAUUCAUCUAAAGGCCGAAAAAAUCUAAUGGCUCUCUCUCAUCGGAUGGUGAAGAACUUCUGUGAAGCUCUGAGCAUGUCGGACAAUCUCGACUUUCCCCACUUGUCGGAAUUGAAUAACUGUGGCAUCCGUGUCUCGGUUCGGAAAAGCAGUGAACUGGGCCAACCGAGUGGUUUGAUAGUUACUACGGCUACCUCUCUCUGGCUUCCUUUCUCGAACAAGGAUCUGUUCAGCUUCUUUAGAGAUGAGAAGAAAAGAGCCCAAUGGGAUGUGUUAUCGAGUGGAAAUCCAAUAAACACGAUUGCACGCGUCUCGACUGGGGUAGAUCUUGGAAAUUGUAUCUCCAUUAUUCAGCCUUUUGUGCCGAAAGAGAACAACAUGCUAUUACUACAAGAGACUAGCAUGGACUGCCUAGGAGCAAUUAUAGUCUACGCGCCUAUAGAUUUACCGACAGUUACUUCAGUUAUUAACGGUGAUCAGGACACCGUGAAAGUACAAAUCCUCCCAUCGGGCUACGUAAUCUCUGAUGAUGGCCGAGCGAAAAAGGGAGGCUUAAAAAAAAGUGGCUCGCUCCUUACUGUCGCUUUUCAAGUACUGGCGUGCUGCGACUCAAUUCAAAAGCAGCAGGUGAAUAUGGAGUCGGUUGCAACUGUCCACGCUCUAAUAAGCUCGACGAUCCAAAAGAUCAAAGUGGCUCUCGAUUGUCCCGAUUUGGAUUGA